CAUCACUCCACCUGCGAUCUCCGCCAUGGCAGCCCAGCAUGGAAACACUAGCUUUGCCCCCAACUUCAAUCUGACUCAAGACUCCACCUCCCCCUUCCCCUUCAACUUCAGCUACGGUGAUUAUGACCUCCCUCUGGAUGAGGAUGAGGACAUGACCAAGACCCGGACUUUCUUCGCUGCCAAGAUCGUCAUCGGCGUGGCACUGGCGGGCAUCAUGCUGGUCUGCGGUGUGGGCAACUUCGUCUUUAUCGCUGCCCUCGCCCGCUAUAAGAAGCUGCGUAACCUCACCAACCUGCUCAUCGCCAACCUGGCCAUCUCCGACUUCCUGGUGGCCAUCAUCUGCUGCCCCUUUGAGAUGGACUACUAUGUGGUGCGCCAGCUGUCCUGGGAGCAUGGCCACGUGCUCUGUGCCUCCAUCAACUACCUGCGGACCGUCUCUCUCUAUGUCUCCACCAAUGCCUUGCUGGCCAUAGCUAUCGACAGAUAUCUCGCCAUCGUGCACCCCUUGAAGCCACGGAUGAACUAUCAAACGGCCUCCUUCUUGAUCGCUUUGGUCUGGGUGGUGUCCAUCCUCAUCGCCAUCCCGUCGGCCUACUUCACCACGGAGACGGUCCUGUUCAUCGUGAAAAGCCAGGAGAAGAUCUUCUGCGGCCAGAUCUGGCCGGUGGACCAGCAGCUCUACUACAAGUCGUACUUCCUGUUCAUCUUCGGCGUGGAGUUCGUGGGCCCCGUGGUGACCAUGGCCCUGUGCUACGCCCGGGUCUCCCGCGAGCUGUGGUUCAAGGCGGUGCCGGGCUUCCAGACGGAGCAGAUCCGGAAGCGGCUGCGCUGCCGCCGGAAGACGGUGCUGGUGCUCGUGUGCGUGCUCACGGCGUACGUGCUGUGCUGGGCGCCCUUCUACGGCUUCACCAUCGUGCGCGACUUCUUCCCCGCCGUGUUCGUCAAGGAGAAGCACUACCUCACGGCCUUCUACGUGGUCGAGUGCAUCGCCAUGAGCAACAGCAUGAUCAACACCGUGUGCUUCGUGACAGUCAAGAACAACACCAUGAAGUACUUCAAGAAGAUGAUGCUGCUGCACUGGCGGCCCUCGCACCACGGGAGCAAGUCCAGCGCCGACCUGGACCUCAAAACCAGCGGCGUGCCCGCCACCGAAGAGGUGGACUGUAUCAGGCUGAAGUAGCCCGCGGGCUGAAGGCCCGACAGCCGGAACUCCGUGCGUCAUCCCCUGGGAGCCAAGUUCACGACGACUGUGUACCACCCUUCAUGGCCCUCAAGGGGCUGGAGGCCGCUUAGUCCUGACGGACGGUGGGACUCGAGGCGGGUAACCGCAGCUGAGGUGAACUAAACACCCACUGUGUGCUGGCCGCACCAAGGAGAUCGGACAAGGCCACCGGGAGCUGACAUUUACCAGUUACCUACUGUGGGCAAAAAUUAAAUAACAAGACAAAAUGGCAGAAGCUAUCGGAAUCACCAGUCAGGGAACUCACAUGGUUAGCUGCACUCACUCUCCAUCGCGCUACCCGCAUUCUGUAGCUCAUCAGGGCAGCAACGUCAAAUCCUAUAGAAUAAGCCACUUAGACAUGACGGGAAAGGCAAGGGUAAGUUCGUCAGAGUGUGCGGUUUAUAGCCUCAUGAUAAGAGGGUUCAUGCCAUCCCAUUGAACUUUCCCACUCAGCUCCUACUACCUCCCUAAAGAUAUUCUCUAAGAUUCUGGCUGCGAGGAAAAUUUUCUCAUAAUCAGGCCAUUGGUUAUCUACAAUGGUGCAAUUUCAAAGGAAAGGACCAGAAAAAUCUCUUUUCCACGGAUGCUUGCAAGCUCAUCAUUCUUUUGGGUGAACACAGGCAGUCCUGAAAUGAGGAACACACCCAGUCCCUGACACCUUAGCAUAAAGGAUUUCCGGGGGUUGUAAGGUCAGGGAGGAAGGGGACAGAGAAAGAGGUAGAGCUUCUCCCUGGCGAUGGACACAAUCCAUGUGACUAAGUCUGGAUCACUUUCUAGGACAAAUCUCUUUUGAGAACAAAGGAAAUGAGCUGCACUUGGAAAGGAAAGGCCUGGACUCAAGCCUCAUGUGACCUGGCUGCUUACUCUCUCUCCUUCUAGGUUUUGGGUCAGUGAAACAAGGAUGAUGAGAACACCUGUACUAUCUACCUUACAGGACUCUUGGGAGAACCCACGGAGGUCACAGUUGGUGAAAGUGCUUUUUAACUCUACCAGUGAUAAAAAUGAAUAAGUGAUAUUGGACAGUUUGGAUUAGGGAAACCCCACCCACUAUAACUUACUGUGAAGAAACACUCCCACUUUUGCAUUCCUGUUUUUUGGACCAGAGACCCCUGAACUCUUCACGGUGCAGCCUGUCUUCUGGGGCCAUUAAAAAAAAGGAACCCCCGUCCUGGGUUAAAAUGAGGAAAAUUUAACCUCAGAAUUUCAAUGACAACCGCCCCCUUAGCCUCCUCAGAAGUGUUGACAGUCUUCCCUGCAUGUUGUCAAGCAGCACGGCCCAAGGCUGCAUAACAUUUAUAUUAUUAUACAUGUGUGGUGAUUGUGUAUAUAUGUCUUCAGUUCUUCCUUGGUCCUUUUGAAGCAGAGACUACAAAUGGUACGUGGUUUGGGACUGAUCCAUCCACACUGGGAUAACUCCUGCUUUUCUCUAGAGAAAGGGUUAUUGGGUUGUUUUUUAAUUAAUCGCUGGUUUGUCUACCCAAGAGUGAAGCUUCAAGGAACGUUUUCUUCCAUCACCACCCAGCACACUCACCUUCAGCCCAAUCACUGUACCUCCAAAAAUGCAAACUCACUUUAAUAUUAGCUUAAGCCAAAUGGUUUGCAAAUUCUGUGUUUAAAAAAUUACUUAAUGCAUUUUACAGCCAAGCAAGCAAGUAUUUGGGGUUAUCUGCUUUUUUACAACUAUCGCUGUGCUUUUAUUUAUUACCCCCAUCCAGGAUCUUCUCCUAAUGAAAAGAUUCAUUAAAAGUAGAACCGGGCACCAACUGUGUCUGACAAAAGAAUUCAGACCUUUUUUUCCCCCUUUUUAUCCUAAUACGUACCAUCCCCCUUUAAUUUAAAUUUAACUGAAACAGCUUUUGUAAAUAUCAGUGUGUAUUGUGAUUUUCCAGUGAAUCAGUGUUCUGUUGUCAUCCAAUUAAAUAAUUAACAUAUGGAAUCUUAACCACAGUGUUCAGUUGUUUCCCCACUAAUCUUUUAUAUAUGUUAGUAUAUUUAGAUAUAGUAUGUUUAGAUAUAAAACUAAACAGUUCAAUCCUGAAACAGAGAGGAAACUUGUUGAAGGCAUAUUUAGAACAGCGACAGUUCGUGCCAGCAUGCAGCCUCCCCUUGGUUACCCGCAUGCAAAAACUGCUCCCUGCCUGUGUUACCCCUUCGUUUCCAAAUUGUUCUUUGUGUAAUGAAUACUGCCAUUUGCGUGGAGACUUUCCAUUCGUCUAACUGGUGUUAAAGUAAUAAAUAAUAAAUUAAUUGC